AUGGGUAAAUUGAUUAACGACUGCGUAAACACUACCGCCAAAAGCUCAUGUUACAAAACGUCGAUGAUUAAGCCGUUUGGAUUUACGUAUUCGAAGGAUCCUGUGUGGCCACCGCCGGCCGACAGGGAUGUCAUCGAGCCGCCUGAAGUUGGGAAUUCUUUGGAGCCGGAGGGAAGGGGGUAUGAGGCUGGGUAUGAGGGGUUUGACUGUCCGCAGAGAGGACUGCAUUUGGAUAUGAGCAACUUGCACCUGGGGCAUCACAAGAGCUAUGGAUGUGAAGAGGAGAUGUCACCUGUGUCGCCAGUGAUGUGGGGUUAUCCACAAUCUCGCCCAAUGUCAACUGUGCAUCAGGGAGUUGAGUACGACCAGUACGCCAGGAGGCACUCCUAUCAGGUCGAUGUGCCUGGCGCAUAUCCUACAUCGCCAGUAAGAUCCGAACUGCCACCUCCUCUGCCUCCAAAGAAGCCCGUCGCAUCUCCGCGGCGGUAUUCUUUUGAUACGCGACCCGGAUCACGCAUCUCAACCUCUUCUGGUGCUUCAGUUCCGCAUGCACCUUUCUCGCCAGCUCCGUCAACGUCUACAUCCUCGUCAUAUCGUCAUGAAGUUAGUAUGCCUCUCCGAACGACUCACCUUCCUUCCUCUAUCACACCUGCGCCCAUCUUACACCACCGUACGACUUCACCCUACCGCGACCGCCCCCUUCCCUCACCAACACCAGCACCCGAACCCACUCAUUACACCCCCCAACCUCAACGGCCAUCGCAGCCUCAAAUACAAAUCAUCGACCCAUUGACUUCGUUGAGCCACCUCCCCUUCCGGCCCAUCCGACUCCCACCCUACUCCCAAGAACUCCGCGACCACCCCAGCAUCCACACCUUCGCCCGCACCGCCAACCUUAAACUGCGUCUCAUCCGGGACCCAGCUCCUACGCACCCAACCGGUACCUUCCGCGCAGGGGACACGAUCAAUGGAUACGUUGAGGUGGAGGUAGGUGACGGUCUCACACUAGGGAGGCUGGGGAAGAGAAAAGUGGGCGAGGUCAAGGUGGGCGAGGUGGGAGUUGAGGUUGUUGGGUAUGAGGAGGUGCAUAACGACCGGACACAUCCUCAGCGAUCCCAUGUCUUCUACGCUGCUCGGCAAAUAUACCAGACACCUUCGAAGGAUACAGACGACUACACGUCCCUGAUCAACCCCGUCGUACCACAUGACGAGUCAGGGUAUAAGGAAUUGGCGAACGGGAAACACGCCCUUCCCUUUGCAUUUGCUCUCCCAAUUGAUGCGCCGAGUACGUGCAAUUUGGGGUAUACGGCGAGGGUGCGGUAUGCGUUGACUGCGUAUGCGAAGAUCAAGCUCAUGGGUAGCUUCGAAACGGUUGAGAAAACCGUAUUGGUGGAUGUGGCGGAGGCAUGGGAUAUCCAUAACUCGGACGAAUACAAGCGCGAAGUCCAAGCGGAUGGCGGAAGAGACGGGGUUAGGGUCGAGGCCAGGAUGAGGGGGAUGUGUGUAGCGGGACGGGUAGCGGAGGUUGAGUUCGAUGUGAGCGUACCGGAGGGGAAGAAGGUAAAGCACGUUAAGGCUGAGUUGGUUGACCGGAUAACGUUGUUCGGGGAUAAGCGCCAAGAUCUUCCCACCCCAACGGAGACAACUACGGAAGAUGUUAUUCUGGAGGAAAUGGUAGCCACACAUAUCGAAACCCUCGACCCACAACAAAGCGGCACCAAGACAAAGCUGCGACUUCAGAUCCCGCUUACCGCUCGCACGAUUAGGAACACCUCCCUCUUCGAAGUCUCACCCUUCGUCCGCCUCUCACUUCCCUUCGGACUCCUCAAGAAACCCCUGAUCAUCAAUCUUCCACCAAUUUCAAUCGUACACACCGCGUCUAUCGCAGAGACAUCAACGAGGGAGGACGUGCUGAGGAAGUACGACGAUUUACCGAAUCUUUAUAGGGUUGUGGAGACUGGUGUGGAGAAGAGACCGGAGAUGGAGGUUGUGGAGGCGGAGUGGUAUGUGGGUGGGGUGGAGAGGGUGAUGUUGUUGGGUGGGGUCGAGGCGCCGGUGAACGGUUGUGACGAGGAUGGGUAUGUUGAUGAGUAG